AACAAGAGACUUAGGUUUGAUGUGCAAAAAAUGGAUAGGUAUGUUUUAGUUGAAUAUUCAAGUACUUUAAAUGCCGUGAUAUGCGAAACGUUCAAGUCUAUGCAACGAAUUAAGCUGAUGAGUUUUGAUGUCUCUCUUCACUAUAUAAUUUUCGGGGCCAGUAGUGGAGGCAUUUAUAUUUUCAAACGUAAACCAUGCGAAUUUUUAAGACUUAUUCCGAGUAAGGAGGGUCCAACUAUUCAAGUGGGGAUAUCAUUAAAUGAAAAAAACUUGGCAGUAGCUAGUUCCAGAGGCCUUGUGAUAAUUUUCGAAAACUUUUUUGUUGACGGGAAUAUAAGGCCUCUUGUAUAUAAUGAACACGAGGGAAAUAAUAUAACUGUGAUGAAGUGGCAUGGAAAUGAUUUGUACUGCGGAGAUGAUGUUGGAAAAGUAUCUGUUGUGGCAAUUACUUCAUUAUUGACUAAGACCAUUUUCCAAACUCCGUCCACUAUUCUCAUGCAUCUAGAUUCAAGUAUAACUCAGAUAGAUACAUAUAAAAGCUAUUUAUUAAUAUCAACUAAAACACGUACUUAUUUAUGCAAUACUGAAAAAGAACAGUUCAAACAAAUAGGCAAAAAACUUAGAGAUGGAAACUUUGGAGCUUGUUUUUCAAAUGACAAAAUUAUACAACCUCUUGAAUCUUAUCAUCCUGUUGGAGGUGGUUAUAAGACAAUAAAAGAAGGUGAAGAUUUUUCCUCGCCUUUAAGUGAUACAACCAAAAUUUUCUGUGCCAGACCUGGUUCAAGACUGUGGGAGGCAAACUUUGAAGGAUCUGUUCUUGUAACCUAUCAGUUCAGGCAUUCUUUCGACCAAGAACCAUCUGAUAUAGUGGUUAUUGAAGAUUCUCCUAAUGCAACAUUGCACAUUAAUAAGCCGAAUCUUGAAAGACUUAUUUCAAAAAAAUUUAACUUUGGAAAAAUAUAUCCGGUUUUUGAAAAGUUUAUUCUAACUCAUGAUGCUAGUGGUCUGUAUUUUUUUGAACCUGAAAAAAGUAAACUGCAGUUUUGGAGUAAUACUUUCACAAAUAUUGUAGAUAUUAGAAUAAUUGAUUCAUAUAUUUAUAUAUGGAGGAAGGGUCUACAAAUGAAUAUAGUUUCUUUGCAAUCACUCGAAAAUUUACUUAUUGCUACUUUAGUUAACAGACAGUAUUACUUGUGUUCAGAACUUUGCCUAUAUUAUAGUGAUGACUUGAGUGCUUUGAUGGAAAAAUCCGAAAAAAUCCAUAUCUUAGCCGUUUUGAAGACAAAGCUUGUUGAAAUAGAAGCCAGAGAUAUGUUGAAUAGACUUCAACCAAUUAUGGAUAUUUUAGAAGGUUGUUAUAAAAAACAAAGUUCUGGAAUUAAGUUAGAAAAUGGAAUCGUUAUUGAAAAUCAGUAUUCAUUUGAAUCAAGUGAAAGCAACAGCAGCAGUUAUUUACCAGAGACAGUUUUGACGUUCAAUGGUGAGCAUUUUGAUGAUUCACAAAAGCUAAUUAAAAGCAGUAAAGACACAAAUGAAAACGGAAAUAUAAAUAUUGGGGUGGACAAUAAUAUUAUGGCUCUUUAUAGACAAUAUGUUCUGAAUAAAACUCACAAAAAUGUUGAAUUGACAGGAACCUGCAAAAUAUUAACGAGUUUAAGUUUUGACAAUCUGUUAUCUCAUUUUAAGCAAUUUAUUGAAUUUGUCAAAGAAAAAGAUGAUGAUGAUGCCACCUUCUGGUGCCAAGAACAGAUAUUAAAGCAGAUAGAUAAAGAUCAUUCUAUCAUUGACAAUAUUAAUACGAACUCUCUACAAUAUGUUAUCGAUUCUCUUGUGGCUAGUACCAAGAGAGAAAAUUUGAUUUGUCUCUGCAACUUUCCACUACCCAAAGCUCAUACCAAAAAAAUAGAUCACUAUAAAUUAGCUUGUAAACUCUUUGAUCAUGUAGAUAAUAAGAAUGAAUACUUAAGCAACAUUCCUUAUUUGUAUAAGUAUAAAUUAAAGGUCAACAGCCUUCAUGAGGUCAUGCUCAACCUCCCUGUGAUUACACAAUUCAGCGACAAGGAAGUAUUUAAAGAAUUCACGGGAAUGUUAACCUACGAUGCUUGGGAUGAAAUCAUUAAAUUGUUUGUAAAACUAAAAAAAGGUUAUUGCUUAAAUUGUGGGAAUAACAUUGAUAUUGAUGAUGCGCUAACUUGGUCGGAGUUUGGCCUUCUCAUGGUCGAAUCUAUUGGGUCCAAAAAUGCAGUUAGAUUGUUGAAACAUUAUUCGCGGUUUAUACCUGGAGGACACUUGGAUGCAAGAUUUUAUCAGAGUUGCAUCUUCACAACUACAUGUAAUGAUCAACGACUGGCUUUAAAUUUUAUGGAGAAAGUUGUGAACAGUGAAAAUUCGAUAGAGUUCGGAGAGAUGAUUGGAAGAUUUAUUCAGAAAAGGUAUUUGGGAAAUGAUUUGGAAGUUUGUAAUGGAAAAAUCAACUUCCCAACGGAAACUUGUCCUGUUUGUGAUUUACCUGUAAAUACGUCUGUUCUAGGCGAGACAAAGAAAUGUGAUAAUGGUCAUAGUUACCACAGCAUAUGUUAUACAACAAAUAGUACCAUUUGUAAUAUUUGUAUAAUGAACACCUGAAAUUUUGAAAUGAAAAGAACAUCAACAAGUAUUAUAUUUUUAUACCAAAAAGUUGAAAUAAAUUAAAAUG